CCCCCGCCACCCCGUGGCGCGAGACCGUCCCCGACCCCCGACCCCCCCCCCGACGGCGGCAACACCCAGAGGCCGCUUGCGGCGCGAGGAGGCGCUCCCGGGGGGGGGAGACCGACCCCAGAAGGCCCGGCGGGCCAGGGGCCUCGGCGCGAGCUCGCGGUCCCCUUCUCCCUUCUCGCGGGCGGCAAUCUCCCCCGCGGCCACAGAGCCUUCGGGGGGACGCCGUGUCUGCACUUAGGGGGACGGAGGGCCCGGCGGGCCCUGCGAGGACAGCCCCCAGCCGCGCACCCCGGAGGGGCGAUUGAUCGGCAAGCGACGCUCAGACAGGCGUAGCCCCGGGAGGAACCCGGGGCCGCAAGUGCGUUCGAAGUGUCGAUGAUCAAUGUGUCCUGCAAUUCACAUUAAUUCUCGCAGCUAGCUGCGUUCUUCAUCGACGCACGAGCCGAGUGAUCCACCGCUAAGAGUCGUACGAGCUGCGUCGAGCGUUUCGCUUCGGCGGGAGACCCGCCGCUGGCACGGCACACGUCCCGCCGCCGCCGGCUCCCUCCCCGGAGGCGGGAGCUCGUCGGCGGGGGUUGCCUCCGGCCGGCCGAGUCAGACGGAAAGCAGCACACCGGAGGGGCCGGGAGAGGUUUCACACGACGGGGCACCCGGCGCCCACGCGCCAGGGUGGGUGCGGGCACCCCACAGGCGCCCGGGGGGUUCCCGCCCUCCCCCGGGGACGCGGGAGGGGCGCGCGCACGCGCCGCACACGGCCACGGCCCACGCGACGACCGCCGGGUAGCCCCCUCCCGACGGCCGCGGCGGCCGUGACCGCGGCGCGCCACGCCGCGCGCCACCCCGGCCCCUCGGGGGACGGCGGAGUCCGGGGGAGACGGGAGGGGCCUCCCGACUCCCCGCGGGCCCGACCGCCCCGACCCCAAGGCGGACGGGCGACCCCCCCCAGGGGUCUUUAAACCUCCGCGCCGGGACGCGCUAGGUACCUGGGAAGGGGGAGGCGGGCGAGGGGCACGGCGCGCCCCCGCCCCGACGCGGACCACCGACCGCCGCGUCCCCGCCCGCGGCCGCGCGCGCGGGCCUCGGCGCUGCCGGCCCGUGACACACGGGGGGCCCCCGCCGCGCGCCGGUCGACCGCCGCCCGGAGGGCCCCGCCGGGCGCCGGACAGCCGGCCCCACCCGUCCCCCCGGGACGGGGCAGAGCCCUUUCCCCACCGCCGCGCCCUCACACGCCGUCCCGUACGGGCCCGGCUCCGCCGGACCUCCCCCGGCCUCUCUCCCCCAACCACCGGGGGUGGGGGGGCCCCCCUGCCCGCGCCCGCGCUCCCGGGCACCCUUCCCCCCAACCCCCACCACCGAGGGCAGAGGGCAGGGGGCAGGGGCUCCGACGGGAAGCUUGGCGCCCAGCGGGCGGGGGGGUGGUCGAGAGGGCGGGAGAACCCGGACGGAGACACACGAGCCGCCGGGAGGCGUGGGGGGUGGGGGCGGGGGCGGGACAGGGCCCCGAGGCCCGGAGGGGCGCGGGGAGGCGCCCGGCGACCGCGCGACGGGCCCAGAGCGGCGGGACGACCGACGACGACCGGCCGAGGCAGACCGGCCCAGGGCCGGCGGCGCGGGAGGCGACGGGGCGGGGCGAGCGGCCCCGCGACGGGGAAGCCGCCGCCCGUCGCGCCGCACAGCCCGCGAGACGCGACCGGAGGACCCGCGCCGCGCGGGGUCCGCGGGCCGGGGAGAGGCGGUCGUGGCCGGCGCCACGGGCGGUGGGGUGGGGGGGAGGCGCACGGGGCGGCCCCCACCCCGAACCCUCGGGCCCACCUCCAGGGACGUGGCGGGGAGGGCCGGGCGGGGAGAGGGACACACGCCGGAGGCGGCGACGCCGCCGCCGCCGGGCGCGAGGCGCGGCGGCGGGGCGCCCCCCCCUCCCCAGACGCGUCUCCCUUCCCCCCUGCCCUUCCCCAUCCCGCGCCGCACGGGGGUGGCGGCGGAAGGCGAGGCUCGCGAGCCGGGCGGCGCCGCUCUCGGCACGCGACCUCCGCGCGUUAAUGAUCCUUCCGCAGGUUCACCUACGGAAACCUUGUUACGACUUUUACUUCCUCUAGAUAGUCAAGUUCGACCGUCUUCUCAGCGCUCCGCCAGGGCCGUGGGCCGACCCCGGCGGGGCCGAUCCGAGGGCCUCACUAAACCAUCCAAUCGGUAGUAGCGACGGGCGGUGUGUACAAAGGGCAGGGACUUAAUCAACGCAAGCUUAUGACCCGCACUUACUGGGAAUUCCUCGUUCAUGGGGAAUAAUUGCAAUCCCCGAUCCCCAUCACGAAUGGGGUUCAACGGGUUACCCGCGCCUGCCGGCGUAGGGUAGGCACACGCUGAGCCAGUCAGUGUAGCGCGCGUGCAGCCCCGGACAUCUAAGGGCAUCACAGACCUGUUAUUGCUCAAUCUCGGGUGGCUGAACGCCACUUGUCCCUCUAAGAAGUUGGGGGACGCCGACCGCUCGGGGGUCGCGUAACUAGUUAGCAUGCCAGAGUCUCGUUCGUUAUCGGAAUUAA